UUCCUUCCCUGGGAGCUAUUUCACUUGAGAGGGGAGGAGGGGAAACUGCUGAGAACAUAUAAUUGUUAGGUCUCUGACCCUUAAGUCAACAAACGGACUCUGAAGUAUUGAUCAGUAGCAUUUAUUGAGCAGGCACUGAAGUACCGGAAGAGCAAAGCCAGUUCUGCCAGCACUGGCAUUCGCUCUCCAAGCGAGCCCCUCCCAUUUUCUCUGUCUCCCUCUGUCUGGACCCUCCCUCUGUCUCUCUCUCUUGACCCUUCUAGACCCAAACCCCCAUGGUCAAUAUCAUCCAUCCAGGCCAGGUACAAUGACCGGAAUACAGAAAGCACUCGGUGAGUGGAUUUUGAAGGGGAUGCUGGCCACCUUCCCCAGACCCCCUUCACUUUUGCAGUCAUUCCCCAGAAGACCUUUCUCUUUCCAGCUCCAAGAGGCAGAGACAGCAGGGAAGCAGGGCCUGGAAUACUGGUCACACGCCUUUGAAGAGUGUUGGAGGUUCAACUGGAAGAGCAUCAUGGGGAAGGGACGCACGGUAACCAAGGCAACCACCGCAGCCGCCCCUACCUCACAAGCAGGUCCAUUGUUCUCCCUGAUCCAUUGUUCUCCCCGUGGUGACACUCAAACAGGUGUGAAACACCUCAUGGAAAACUGGGACUUAGAGAGGCCUGACAAGGUAAGGUCAGGCCCAGCUUUAGAAGGCCAAAGCGCCCCACCCACCAUGUUAGCUGGACAGUGCAGGCUUAGAGCUGGCUGCCUGAAUUGGAGCCGAGAAGGAAUUUUUCCCUGUGGCCCAAAAUUGGCCCUGGCGGACACAGGUUUUUUGCCUUCUCUGCACUGCCUUCCUUUUCAACACAGGACUUCCCUACACAUUAGCCUGUCUCUGGGUGAGCUCCAGGGCAGGCCCCAGAGCAGACCCUGAAACAGCGUCAUGUGUAGAUAGACCCCCGUGAAAUCAGGUGGGUGUUUUAGGGCUGCCUCUAUGGAAGUCUAUAAAGUUGAUUAUCUAUA